AUGGGAAAAAUAUGGGUAGUGUUAUGCUCGGGUGGUAGCAGAUGGAUAAACUAUGCUUCUCAUGCUAAUGUAUACCACGCGUACCACAUGUUCCGCGGGAAUGGUAUUCCCGAUGAAAACAUAAUUAUUAUGCAUUACGACGAUAUCGCUAACAAUAGGGUUAACCCAACGCCCGGUAAAGUAUACAAUGAUUACAACAAGACUGAUGUCUAUCACGGAGUGCCCAAACACUAUACCGGCGAUGAAGUCAACCCUACCAACUUUUUAAGUGUACUUAAAGGGGACCAGACAUUAGCCCGGAGUGGGAGACCAGUAGUCAACAGUGGACCCGACGAUCAUAUAUUUGUUUAUUUUACCAAUCAUGGAUUACCAGAUAUGAUUUGGUUUCCCUCUGAGUACUUAUGGGGCGAAGAGUUAAAUACGGCUCUACAGGAAAUGCAUAUAAACAAACGAUAUAGUAAACUAUUAUAA